AGAAAUUGUUAGCCAUAUUGUAAUAUAGGGAGAGUCAUUUCCAUAUCUAAGUUAGAGCAUUUGCAUAUACUAGCAAACCAUGGCUCUCAAGGGCAACUUGGAGACUGUUGUGGAACUCAAGUCAAGUCCUGAUAAAUUCUUGAGUGUCUGGAAGAGUCAAGCUCAUCAGGUUCCCAAUCAUACUCCCAUCAAUAUUCAAGGAGUUCAUGUUCAUGAAGGUGACUGGGUAAAAUCUGGCUCCAUCAAGAUCUGGAAGUACACUAUAGCGGGAAGAUCUGAGGUUUUCAAAGAUAAGAUCAUAGUGGACGAUGAGAAGAAAACAUUAACUGGCAUUGGUCUGGAAGGUGAUGUGUUCAAAAGUUACAAGGUAUUUAAUUUAAUCUGGCAACUCACACCUAAAGAUGAAGGGAGUUUAGCAAAAGUGAUUAUUGAAUAUGAGAAGCUGAAUGAGAAUGUUCCUACUCCUGAUAUUUAUCUGGAUUUUAUUAUUAAAAUCACUACGGACGUUGAUGAAAGUAUCUCUAAAAAUUAAUAUAUAAUAAAGAUCUACAAGAGUGAUAUGAGAUGAUGUUGAGUAAAAGUUAUCAAUAUUGUAAUAUAUAGUGGUGUGAACUACUAAAUAAAUGGAGAACUCUAGGUUCUGCUCCUUAA